GAUAAUCCUCUGGUUAUUUUUGUUUUAUUGAUUAAAAUUUCUUCAGCAAUGGCUUCUCACUUCAUAUCACUCAACGCCAAUGCCAAUCCCUAUAACCUUAUCAAAGGUCGUAGUUACGGUGGUUCUGUUUUUUUGGGUGAGAGAAUCAGUUGGUCUAUUAAAAGUAGGGAUUAUGGAAGAGUUUUAUGGAGGAGUUUGAGAAUUGAAAAUGAUGUUAGAAAAGCAAAGUGUGGUGUUGUUCACUGUGUUCAAACCCCAACCAAUGAAAAUGAUGAUCCUACGAUGUUUGAGAGUCCACAAGCAGAUCCAAAGGAAGUGGCUUCUAUCGUAUUGGGUGGUGGUGCUGGCACUCGCUUGUUUCCUCUUACAAGCAUGAGAGCCAAGCCAGCCGUUCCUAUUGGUGGUUGUUACAGGCUGAUCGAUGUUCCAAUGAGCAAUUGUAUCAACAGUGGCAUAAAAAAGAUCUUUAUUUUAACUCAAUUUAAUUCUUUUUCACUCAAUCGUCACUUGGCUAGGACAUACAAUUUUGGUAAUGGUGUAAAUUUUGGAGAUGGAUUUAUGGAGGUUCUUGCUGCCACUCAAACAUCAGGAGAAGCAGGGAAGAAAUGGUUUCAAGGAACGGCUGAUGCCGUGAGGCAAUUCAUUUGGGUCUUUGAGGAUGCCAAAGUUAAGGAUGUCCAGCAUGUACUGAUAUUGUCUGGUGAUCAUCUUUACCGCGCAGAUUAUAUGGAUUUUGUGCAGAAGCAUAUUGAUUCAAAUGCUGAUAUCACAGUAUCAUGUCUACCAAUGGAUAAUAGCCGUGCUUCGGAUUUCGGAUUGAUGAAGAUAGAUGUAACUGGACGGAUUAUUCAAUUUGCUGAGAAACCGAAGGGCAAGGAUCUUAACGCUAUGCAAGUUGAUACCUCGAUAUUAGGGCUAUCAGCGGAAGAUGCUGCAAAAUAUUCUUACAUUGCAUCAAUGGGUGUGUAUGUGUUCAAAAAGGAUAUCUUGUUAAAGCUUCUGACACAAAGCUAUCCGUCAUGCAAUGACUUUGGCUCGGAGAUUAUUCCAUCCGCGGUAAAGGAACAUAACGUACAGGCAUAUUUAUUCAAUGAUUAUUGGGAAGACAUUGGGACAAUAAAGUCUUUCUUUGAUGCUAAUUUAGCCCUCACAGAUCAGCCACCAAAGUUCGAAUUUUAUGAUCCAAAGACACCUUUUUAUACAUCUCCGAGAUUCUUGCCUCCUAGCAAAAUUGAUCAAUGCAGGAUUGUUAAUGCCAUAAUUUCACACGGUUGUUUCUUGCGGAACUGUAGUGUAAAACGCUCUGUAGUUGGGGUGCGGUCGCGUUUGGAGUCCGGUGUUGAGCUUGAGGAUACCAUGAUGAUGGGAGCAGACUUCUACCAAACGGAGAUGGAAAUAAUGUCUCUCCUGAAAGAAGGAAAGGUUCCGAUCGGUGUCGGACAAAAUACCAAGAUAAAUUGUGUGUUUUGGAAGGAAUUGCAUAAUAGACAAGAAUGCCAAGAUAGGAAAAAAUGUGAUCAUAUCAAAUAGUGAUGGUGUUGAAGAAGCUGAGAGACCAGAACAAGGCUUUUACAUUAGGUCCGGAAUUACAGUGAUAAUGAAGAAUGCAACAAUUAAAGAUGGAUCCGUAAUAUGAAAUUUCAAGUUGAUUUCAAGUGGUUUCAGAGGUUGUCAUAUUCGAUCGAGCACAUCAUCGGAAAGCUUAGAGCCCUAGUUUGCUAGGUUUUGCUCGGCUAUUUUUGCAGUGAAAAAUAUAUAGCAGUAAUGCUUUGUACAUGUAAAGUACAAUUUCCUCUGCGAAUUUUACAAAGGAAAUUUAAUUGCGAUUUUGUAGUGGU